AUGUCCUAUCAUUCCAUCGAGCAAGAAGCUAGAAGUAGACGGAACAAUAUCAUUUUCUACGGAAUCACUGAAAAUCUCAGAUAUUCAGACAAAGAGGUCGCGUAUAGAUUUAUGGAAAGUGACCUAGAUAUUGACACUAGUGAAAUGUGUAUUAAAAGAGCCCAUAGACUGGGGGUGUUACACAGUGUUAAAAAUAGAUACAAAGAUGAUCCAAAACGACCACUUAUUGUAAGGUUUAAAGAUUAUGUUGACACUGAAACAGUCAUGGAGAAGGCUUAUAAAUUACGAGGGUCAAAGAUCGGAGUAGACAGGGAUUAUCCCCGAGAAAUUGCACUCGCGCGCAAAAACUUGUACACUUCUUCCGAAGCCAAAAAUGCACGACAAAAUAAAGAGAGAAUGCAAAUAAAGUACCCAGCUAGGCUUUUCAUCAAGGGUAAAAUGGUUAAAGACAUGUUCCCAGACUGGUUUAGCAUACUAGGUUAUAGUACAAUAGACAACAAAAACCAUAGCAUUGAUGCCAGGAAUCAAGCUUACUCGAUCGAGACCGAUGUGGACAAAUCAGUAAAUUUAAUUGAUACGUCUGAGGGGAACGAUGAAGUGUUCGAACCGGUUCUGAAGCCGAUAGACAUGUACACAAGCGAAAAUGCAAACAAAAGAUCACGUGACAACCGGUUGGAUCAAACGUACAACAUACCUGAAAAACAAAAUGUAACGAAACAGUCCUUACCUGAUAAAAGUCCAAAUAAAGAUAGUAAAUCUCAGUCCCGAGGAAGAAACCGACAUAAAUCCUAA